GGCAGAUGUUGGUGUGCAGACCUACUGAAGCAGCUCUUCAUUUUAGGAGAACGAUACCAGAUUUCCCAGGAUGCCUCUGAGGAGCCGUGCCAGCAGCAUGUUUCUGCUCUUGUGUGUUUCUCUGUCCUUGUGUUUGGAGUCUGUGAGCGGCGGCACCAGCUUCCUCAGUCCGACUCAGAAACCGCAGGGUCGAAGGCCACCAAGAGUGGGCAGAAGAGAAGCUGCUGAAUCAGAGAUCCCAGUGAUCAAAGAGGACGAUCGGUUCAUGAUGAGCGCUCCAUUUGAACUGUCCAUGUCUCUGAGCGAAGCUGAAUAUGAGAAAUAUGGUCCUGUGCUUCAGAAUCUUCUGGAGAAUCUUCUUAGAGACUCUCCUUUCGAGUUCUGAGAAGAGUCCUACAAAGUUCCUCAUAAACAACUGACAAUAUUCACAAUUUAAAAAUGAUGUAAUUUAUGGGUUUAACAAAAUAAAGGAUGAUAACAUUC